GAACGUAGGUAGUAUUUUGGCUAGGCAUGUAGGCAUGGGCUGGCCUGUAGAUAGAUCUCGGUUCGAUCCAAAUUGACAGCAAUCUUCUGCCGCCGCUCCAAAAUAAAAUCAAAAUGUAAGAUAAUUCAUAGCACAGACUACCGUGCUUACAUCUUAUUGUAUAAGUAUCAAUUAUUUUUGGUUAUUCAUGUAGAAUGAAUGUAAAAUUUAAUGUGCAAAAGAUCUGUAAGUGUCCAUGAAAAUGGAUGCUUCGACUUCGUCCAAAGUCGAUUUCAAUUUGUGCAGUCUUUUUCUUCAAAUUAAAAAUUCCAAUUUUCCUGUAAGUGUAAAGCCAAAUAAUACGGUGGUUAAGUACACUAAAUUGCCGGACUUCGACUUUGACGCAAAGGCAGAAUGGCCACAGAAGGACUCUUAUAUACUGCAGCCACGUCUAAGACGGAUUGUUGCAAUGAAUGAACAGGACAAUAUAAUGAAAACAUUCCGUUCAUUAAAAAAUAAUUUGGGAGCUUCAGAAAAACCAAUGUGCUCCGCAUACUCUAAGAGGAAAAUUGUUACCAUCUCUGAAGAUGAAGAGGGUGAUAUCCCUGCCUAUUCCCGGGGGGAUCUUAGCAAGCCAGUAUCCUCUCGAUCAUCACCAGUCAGGUCUCACAGGGUGAAUCGGCCCAAUGUAAAACCAGACUCACCAACAAGGAGAAGCAAUUACAGUAGUUCACAUUGCUCUGACAUAAGCAGAUAUCCUCAAAAACAGGAUACCAAACCGAGUGCCAAACCUUCUUUUAUUAAUAAAAAUAUUGCAGACUCAUCAAAACCCCUCCGCAAAACUAAAACUCAAAAUAUAGAAUCCAAAACUAACACACAAGAAUAUAAAAAUCGUUAUAUCAAGGACAGAGAAAAUACACGAAAUAAUAAAAGUGCCAAUACUGCAAGCAAAAUUAGCAUAAGCAAAAGCGUAGUUCGACCAAGUGUAAGUGAGAAAGAAAUACUUUUGAUCAAGAAUAAAUUGACUGAGAACAUGACAAUCGAUAUAACGCCGAAAUCAACUGUAGAUAGAUCUAAACCCAACCAAGGCAACAAUAAAGGAAAUGUUUUGAAAGAAAUACCGAGAGGAACCAGGGGCAGAGCUGCUCCUAUGAUACAUGUUCCUCUUGUAAACCAGCACGCGAAAAGUAUACUCGAAACUGGAAUAUCACAAGAUAGGCUUCUAUCCACUACACCGAAAUUAGAUAAAAUAAAUUGUAGCACAGAAACAGAAAACAAUUUUGAGUCACGUGAUAUGAGUGUGGGCACUGAUCCUGAACCGUCGAAGAUUGAUGUUGUUACUGAAAUCGAAUUGGCAACUAUUAAGAAACGGGACUCGAAUAUUCAAACCGAUUUUAUGCAAAAAGCGUUGUUUGAUAGUCUUGACAUACCAAAUGUAACGCUUUUGAAAGAGAAAAGUGAUAUUUCCAAAGAAGAUAUAGUCAGGCUGCAUAGUCAAUCUUUACCAGAUCUCCAAUUACCGUCAAUGAAGAUAACUACACGCGUGGACGACAAGAAGUCUAGCGCCGUGUGCAGUCACUCAAUGAGUACUUCAUACAUUAUAGGGCGAGCCACGCUGACUUAUACAACUAAGAAGGAGAUAGACUUCCAGGUGGUUGGUAACAAGGAGGAACCUGUAUAUGAUGCUGCAUGCAGUGGGUUAGAUUAUCCUAUGAGUGUGAUGACUGUUUUAAAGAAAGAAAUCAACACAAAAGCUUUAAGUAAACCACCGAAGCGAGAUAAUGCAGAUAAGAAAAAGAAUAACACAAAUUCUAAGUAUUCCAACAACUUAAAUACAAUCAAUUCACAUAAUUAUUCCUAUGUCUUCGAUAGUAGUAAAUUAGUGAAACCUUCGGAGAUAAUUAGCACGAUAAGAGUUACUAACGGCUUGUUGCAAAGCGACUAUAUUUGUGAGCAGUUCCAGAGGGAACUUAAUUUUAUAGAUUCGUUUUUUGAAUCAUUACAAUAUUUGGAAAGUUGCUCGUUAUCUGACAAAUGCUUCCGUAACAAGAAAGUGGAAAAUUGGGUGAGCAAAUCUGGAUUCGAUAUUAAAAAUCCAGAAUACAAUUCGUUCUUUUCGGAUCUGGAAAAUGGCACGAAUAUCGACGACACUGAGACAAUGGCAUCCAAGAGUCUUUGUCUGCUCAAUUUACUCAUCCGCGAUGAGCAAAGGAGAGCCAAAAAUCUCUUAUUUGUUUUGAAAAUGCGAGAGGAUGCUUUAAAGGAUUUCACUAAAUCGCAAAUACUCUGGUUAGAAAAUAAAAAGAAGCAAGACAACAUUGACAUACCCACCCUAAAGAAAAAACAACGCGGAGCUUUGCUUAAACUUCAGCAUGAAUGUGGCGAAAUGCAACGUAUGCGUAAAGCGUUGUUGGCUCUGUCGGAAAAGCGCAAAGUAGCGCUUAUGAAGACCAAGAAGAAUAUAGAAUUGAAUUUAAAGAAUAACGUCACUGUGGACCAGAUCCUCCUCGGAAAGAGAAAGUUGAAGAGGAAUUUAAUUAGUGACCGAUCUACAGCUCCUCUCAAAUGCUUUGAUUUGUCGAGUAGCGGUUGUGACGAAAGUACAACGUCACGGCCCAAAUCCGAAUCAGCACUAGUAGUCCCCAGUGUGCCUAUUGCGCCCAUCGUACCCUUAGUGCCGGUGGAUGUGAGCAGUAGCGCGGAGAAGUGCGUGCAGACCGGGGACAGCCUGCUGGGCUCGGUACUGGUGGACGAGGCCACCGACACGGCCGCCGACAACUUCGUAGCCGUUGAUGGUGGUUAUCUGAAUAUAUUAUUCCACAAUCUGUCGCUUCCUGAGAUAUUUAGUAGUGGCAAACAAUAUGAAGUGAAUGAAGAAGCGUUAAAGAGCGUAGUUAACUCGGCCAACAGCUGUCACAACGCCUUGAGUGAGAGCGACAUUGUUGAAAAGUUUAUAGAUCAAAUUAAAAACCGUGAUCAGGAGCGAUCUUCUUCGCCGUCCACAGCCCGUAGCCUGGUGGAAGAAUUCGACCAAUAUUACAAAGGGCUUGUGGAAGAAGAGAAGUCGCCGAGGGACUCGCCAGAGAUGGAGGAGCCUUCCGAAACCAACCAGGCCGUAGCUCCGGAACCUAUGAUAAAUGCGAGUGAGGUUAAUACGUAUCAAAGUACAUCCACGAUGACAACAGUAUGCAACGUCAACCCCAACUCUGCGGCGACACAAAGUUGUGAUACGUUCGAUGACGAAAUGUUGUCGCCAUGUGAUAAAUACAACAAUUCAGUGAAAACUCAGGCGUUGAAAGGCAAGGACGCAAUGACAAUCGCGACUCAGGCCGGACCGCUGCCCGUACCCGCCGGCGCGGUGGCAGCCACCGAGACUGACUCACCUAAAACCUUGAUUCCAAAGUCUUCAUCAACAACAGCAACUUCAGAAACGAGCCUGGGCAGCCCGGCGAUAGUGUCAUCACUGGCGUCUCUCGCGGCGCCGGCGCAGACCGAAGCGGAGGAGCUACGUCGGCAGCAGCUGGCUAUCGAGAGAGAGAUUAAAGCGUUGGAGCAACAGCAGUGUCAACUUCUAGUCGUCCGGGAGAUACCGGACAAGCCGCCGCCGCCGUACACGCCGCCCGCGGAGCCGCGGGUCGCCGCGCCCCCGCGCAAGUUCCUCGGCGACGACAGCGUCGAAGAGAAGGUGUAUAGGCACUUGACGGACUCCGUGAGCGUGUCCGUCGAACCCACCGAUGCCUAUGCACUGUUCCUACAAGACUUCUGUAAGGAGUCCGUCGCUAAACACAAAGCGGAUCUAAGCGACCGGCCCUGGGACGCGUGCAACCUCCUCCCGCAGAAACCACCGCUCAAUACUGACAAGCUCGUCAAGAAAACAGCAGCAGAUCUGAAAGAAGUCUUAGCUGGCGCUUCACCUACCAUCGUCUCAGGAGUGGGCGCGCGGCGCUCGGACCACAUCGACGACAUCUUGUUCGCGGAGUGGCGGCGCUGCGAGCCCGAAUGGACCACGCUGCACAGUGACGAGGCGCAGGUCAAGAGCCAGAUCUUCGAGGGAAUCUUCCAGAAAAUCCUCACCGAAACCAUCGACGAAUACAAAAAAUCAGUACUUACUACUAACUUUCCGCCCAACGGCGAUUGAAUACUCGCCGCCGCAAUCAUGGUUAAAUUUGUGUACUAAUCCAUAAUAAAUUAUAUAUGUUAUAUUAGUGUGUUUGUGGCGCAGUAGUUCAACAACAAACUAGUUAAAUUUUGAAGUAUUAAAUUAUUUAUUUAGAAAUAAAAAAUAUAAUUAAAAAUA